CGCCGCCGGGCCCGCCGCGCGUCCCUCCCUCCCCCUGGGCAUCGGGCCUGGGCCUUCCCCUUGUCCAGCCCCCGCCGCGCGGGGGGCGGCGGCGGCUGCCGGUGCCGGCGCGGGGGGAACAAAACCGGCGGGGCCGCGCACGGGAGGGAAGCGGGAGAGGGGAGGCGGCGAGGGAGCGCGCCCGGAGGGGCGGGAUGAAUGGGCGGGCGGCGCGACCCCCGGCCCCGGGGGUGCGGCCCCCGGGAGGGCCGGGCUGCAGGGAGCCGGCGGCCCCGGGAAAGCCGAGCCCGCAGGCACCCCCUUCCCGCAGGAAAGUUAAAGGAUGCCGGCCGAGCGAGGAGCAGGAGGAGCACGCUGCCGGUCUGCUGUCCUGGGAUAGCGAGUUCGGCACGGGACGUGUCCCCGGCGGGACCGGGCCCUUCCCCGGUGACAGAAAUUGCUGCCGGGAGCGGCUGCGUCGCACGUGGGAGCGGAGAAGCAGGUGCAGAGCCGAGGCUCACGACAGUCCUGGAGAACACGUCCUGUGAGCGGCGGCUGAGGGAGCUGGGGCUGUUCAGCCUGGAGAAGAGGCUGCUCAGGGGGGACCUUCUCACUCUCUACAACCACGGGAAAGGAGCUGUAGCCAGUUUCCAGAUGCUGUUCUGCUCUGUACACAACCUACUGUCCAUUAAGACUCUUCCUCUGUACUGUGAAACAAGUGUCUCUGUUUCAAAGUCAGCAUUAAAACAAAAUGUUGGCUGUCGAACUUUGUCCUUGUCUGCACAUGUUGGGUUUGAUAGCUUACCUGACCAACUGAUUAGGAAAUCCAUCAAGCAUGGGUUCUGCUUCAACAUUCUUUGCAUUGGGGAAACUGGAAUUGGGAAAUCAGCCUUGGUGAGCAGUUUGUUUAACACCGAUUUUGAGGACUCUCCAUCAACACAUUUUCUGUCAAGUGUGCGACUUAGAGCCCAGACUUUUGAACUCCAGGAAAGUAAUGUUCUUUUGAAGCUGACAGUUGUAAAAACAGUGGGAUUUGGUGACCAGGUGAACAAAGCAGAUAGCUAUCAGCCAAUAGUGGAUUAUGUAGAUGCACAAUUUGAAGCCUAUCUCGAGGAAGAACUGAAAGUUAUACGUUCUUUAUUUAGCUACCAUGAUACUCGCAUCCAUGUCUGCCUCUAUUUCAUUUCACCUACAGGCCGUUCUCUAAAAACCAUAGAUUUGUUAACUAUGAGAAGCCUAGACAGUAAGGUGAAUAUUAUACCAGUUAUAGGCAAAGCAGACAGCAUUUCUAAAACUGAGCUACAAGAAUUCAAGAAGAAAAUAAUGAGUGAAUUAGCUAGCAAUGGCAUCCGAAUAUACCAGUUUCCUACUGAUGAUGAAACCGUUUCUGAGAUUAAUACCAUCACAAAUGGUUAUUUGCCAUUUGCUGUGGUAGGAAGUAUGGAGAAGGUGAAAAUUGGAAACAAAAUGGUGAGAGCUCGUCAGUACCCUUGGGGCAUUGUAAAAGUGGAAAAUGAGAACCACUGUGACACUAUAAAGCUCCGCAGGAUGCUUUGCACAAAUAUGGAAGAUUUAAAGGAGAAGACUCGUGCAUAUUAUGAGUCAUACAGGCGCUGCAGGCUGGAAAAGUUGGGUUGCAGAGACAUUGGCCCUGAGAGCAAACAAGUCAGUCUACAGGAAGUCAUUGAGGCAAAGAGGCUCGAGUUCUGCCUUGAAGUGGAAAGAAAAGAAGAGGAGAUUAAGCAACGAUUUGUGCAGAGAGUGAAGGAGAAAGCAGCAAUGUUGGAAGAGGCAGAGCAACAGGUACUGACUAAAUUUGAACGUCUUACGCUAAUGCAUCAAAAAGAGGAGCUGAAACUAGGGGAAGAGAAAAAACUUCUAGAAGAUGAAAAAGCUCUGUUUGUUGAGAAGAAAGCUAUCACUAAGUCUGUUCAGUCACAAGUAUCUGUCUCUACCCCUGUUAGUUUGAAGACACAAGGACUGCAAAAAAAGCAAGAUUUUCAACUUGAAGUCCAGUGCUCUCAUAUCAGAGAUGAAGGAGCUAUGAAUGUUGGAGAGCAGAGCGAGAGGGAGAGUGAGAUGGAGGAGUUAGAGAGAGAAAUUCACCCAGGGAAUUUCAGGAGUAGUAUUUGAUUGCAGCACUCAGGUUUUGAAUGGUAGGGUAUGCUAAUAGUUUUAUGAAGUGGUCUAACUGCUGUUUGGCCCAUAUUAGCUAUGUCUUCCUAGUACAGGUUUUUGAGAGAAGAGAUUGUGUUUUUACAGCAAAUUUUAUCAAAGUGCAGAAUAUGACCCAAUAAAGAUUUCACUUUCUUCCCACCCACACACUUAUUUCUUUCACCACUCUCAAAAGAAAAGCUUGAAUAAAUUGUGAAAAUUCAGAAAUACUUUCAAAAGUGGUGUCCAGAAUAAUAUGCCCAUGAUUUAUGUAAAAAACAUUGAAUUAAAUACUUGUAUGUUAAAUUAAAUUGACUUUAAUGUUUUUCUCCUCUAAAACCAAAAGUCAAUUAACUUAUUAAUUUUCUUUCCUGAUAAUAUACAAAUUUACUGCAGAUAACAUUUUCUUAAUUAAUAACUUCCUGCAGUUGAAAACAGAUUAUUUGGUUCUGAAUUUAUUUAUAACUGCUAUAUUCUGAAGAACUUUAGAAGCUACAUUGGUGCACAUAUUUCCACAGAUAUCAUCAAGCUUUGACAUUUUUGGGUUGUAUGCUAAAAGCCUAAUUUGGCUAAAAUUUAUUGCAUUUCAACUACUGUUACCAAAUUCAUUUUCCUAGAUUCCUUUUUUUUCUGGAUUUGCGUAUGAAAGUGUAAUUCUUGGUAACAGAAGUCAUUAUCUGCACUACUUCGAGCAACUCCACUGGUUUAGUUUUAUUUCUUCAGAUUAUGCUAAGUUUAUAUCCUUGCUGUGGUUUUUCAGUUCCAGGUUUAUGUAGUACUGAUGACAGAAGACACAACAUUGGUAAUUUCUCAUGAGGAAGCAGUGAUUCAUGGUGUGCUCUUGAAAGUAUAGGAGUUCCAGUUUCUUACUUAAAUGUUUGGCUAAUAUCUCUUGUUGCUGCAUUCUGCAAAAGAAUAAUUUUUAAGCAUGAUCUGUACACACGCAGUGUGGUGUUACUGUCAUUGUCAUCACAGGGUUUCUGUUACAGCUCUGCCUUGAUCCGUGUUUGCCUUACAUAAGUGUGCUCAGCUAGCUUUAAUUUAAAAUGCAUUGUGCCAAAGAAGGUGUCCCUGCCACAAGCAGUUCCAUUCAGACUAUGAAGAGUGUAGUACAAAAGUAUUCAAUGACUAUAUCCACUACAUGCUUCCUAAAGAGUUCUUUUCAAAUGGUAUUGUUUAUUAGUCCACUAAGUGUUAUUUAAUAUAACUAUUGACAUAUUUGAACCACUUACUGAUUUUGCUGCUAGAUUUUUGUUUAUAUGGUUUUAUGUACGAGCAGUGUUCUAAAUUUCAGAUACAGUCUUUUUAAUCAAAAUUUACUGAGAUAUUUUUGCAAUGCUGUACUGUUGCAGGAUAGUUCAUCUGAUAUUACUAACUCAGUAUGGAAAGUACCUAUAUUUGAUGUUUUUGAGUGUGGUAUUCAGUUACAGUUGAAGGUUUACAAAAACACCGUAUUGGUUAAAACACGCUCUAAGUGCGUUGUAUGUUUUCAGUAGUCAUGAUAAGUGAUGGGAAACUAUAAGAGGUACAGUUCUCUGGAGUUUUGUUGCUUGACUGUUUAAAAAUUACAUACUAACUUGACAGAAAUAAAAUAGAUUGGUUUUCCCAAAGUGUUACUCUUGGUCUGCUUCCUGUCCCUCAUGUAUUAUUAAAAAGGAGUAAGAUUUCACAUUUAACUGAAAAAUAUGA